UCAACUACCUUGGUAAGAAAAAAAAAGGAUUUCAUAAUAGAACUGGGGACUAGAGGCCUCUCCGAUUGAGAGGAUAAAGUCUGUGAUUCAAAAACCAAACCAGUUGUUAGAGCUGGGUCGGAUAGGCAAUCAACAUGAUUGGUCCCGACCCAGUUUAAGUAGUUGGGUGUGAGUGCGCUUCUUCAAUCUAGGUAAGCGAAAGCAAGCAGUAGAUCGAGAAAAGAAAGAAUACGGAUUGCAACCUACAGAUGAAGAAUAGAAUUAAAUAAGAAGAGGAAUCAAUCGUUCAGUGAUCGCUACGCUUGAUUGGGGCAGGCUACCCACACUGUUUUGGCUAAAAAGCCAUCUCCUUGCCUCACAGUUUACCUACUCCAAAGUGAAGACAAAAAAAUCUGUCUAAAUAGCUCCGGUGGAGCUUCGCGGGGAUCGUACGUCAGCCAAGGCCUUAGACCGGAGUCCCUGCAGGUUCUCAGCUUCUGUUCUUUCAUAACCUCCUCGGUGCCUCUUCCUGGCUACUCCACUCCCAGUCGGGAUGGGUGCCACAGCUUGUACUGGCUAAUUCUUUAUAUAUAACCUAUCUUUCCAUUUGAAGGAGUCUAUCCCACAGCUUAAGUCUGAAACACUACUAUAUCGGAAUCGGACGAAAAGUCUUUCCCGGCCUCACUGAGUGGAUCUGGUGCCCACACUUUAUAUAGUCCUUUUAGCUUUAUUGGAGGAUGUGCCCAAGCUUCUUUUGCUAAAGCACAUCUCCUGUCUGAACCCUUGACCGAUUCGAAAUGAACAAACCCACAUUUUUGAAAGAGAUGAUCGAGUCUGCCAUCCUAGGCGGUUCUCCCGUAGCGUCUCUGCCGGCAACUUUCUAAGGUUCAGGUUUGUCUGCCUAUCCUAGGUGACCAUCUUCGUCUACUACAACUAGGGGUGUGUGCCAUAGAGUGUGGUUCCAGGUGCAUUUCCAGUUUUGAUAGUUGUUGUCCUUCCUCUGUGAUUCAAGACAAAGAGUAUAGGCUAGAGUGGCUUUCCCGAGUGAAAAAAAGGUAUAGUGGAAUCUCCGAACGAACACUUCGAAUCUGUAUGCUCGUGCUUUCCGGGAAGGCUGGUCCGGUUAGUCCUUCUCCAAUUAGCAUCUCGCCUGAUCGUCCGCUGAAUAAAUCGCACAUGCUCCAAGGACUUCACGGAAUUAGGAGGCACACAGGUAGGUAUACCAAGAUAAAUGCGGGUAAGCCACGGGGUAAAUAACCCCUUAAUAAAAGCAUGCAUUUCCAGACAAGAAGAUUGAUUGUGGAGGAAUUGUCCACAUGAUGAACCAAACGGAGCUUGAGGGGCAGAGUGAAGUUACCAUUUGAGGAGCAGAUGUCCCGGCUGGUAAGGGAAAUGAAUGAAAGAAGCUUCUCCAAUAGGAGGCAUGUGUUGAGCAUUUGUUUCCUUUGGCAGCUGAAGUUCCAGUGCCAUUUGAGUAAGGAAGAUUGGCCAAUCUGAAUGACUCCCUGUGAGACUUUGAGAGCAGAUGUAUUAGUAGUUCCAUUUCUAGUUGAAAACAACAAAUUAGAAUUCAAUCACCAAGUGGAUAUCUCGAUAACUAAAGGUGCCAAGCCUCGGAUUCGACUUGAAAUGAGGAUAAGGGUUCCAGCUAGAUAUGUAUGAUUCACCCGGUACCUGGUAUUGGUAGUAGCAUCCGUCUCUUUCCCCUCCCUCUGUAUGAGUAGAGAGGCUGAGGGGAGGUCUACUAAAGGGCUACUCCACCGGACGAUUGUUGUCUUCUUUCAAUAAUGCUUUGUUGGUCACCGCUGCGAGGCAUCGCCUGUUGUACAGUUGCUUUAGCCUAGGAGCCAACCUAGCUAAGGUUCACUCCUUUUUUUUAUUUCCUUGAGGAUGAGGACUUUUCAUUCGAUAAAGGACUUGAGAUAGACAAUUGCAGUGAGUCUUAUCCCGGGUAUGGGACCCUAGGCCCUGAAUCUAUUAUAGUGUUAUAAGUCCUCUUUCUUUAUUUGCAUAACCUCGCAUCACACACAACAACAGGCAUGGUUGCGCACCAACCGGAGUCGGUCCUUGCAUUCAAAUAGGGGAGCUCUCAAGCUCGAUAUUUUCUUUCUCGGUUGAUACCAGCACACAAGGAUCUUCCCUAUGAACAGGAGGCAAGAUUUCCGCAGCUCCGAACUUUGACCACGAAACAGAGAACAAGGCUGAAAAGAAGCUUUCUUCACUUUGACGAUCCUAGUGUGAGUGGAUGCGUAGUUUGAAAGUAUUUCCACCUGAACCAGGGUCGUGCUGAACCUUUUUCUGGCUGACGUUCCUUGGAGGUCCACAUGGACUUAGAAUGAGGAAGUAAAGCAUCGAAUUCCAUGUGUUCAGCAUGGAUUUCAAGAUGAGGAAUAGCACAAAAGAGGAAGCGUCCGGCAUGAGAGAUGGCUUCAGACUCGACCUGAAAGGUGCCAGUUACAUCUAUUGGACCAGACGGAAAUACAAGCUUUCUUGUAGCAUGCAUGGGUUCGACGUAUUCUUUUGCUUGAAUUCGACUAGAUCCCUUACCGCCUAGUAGUUCUCACUGGUAGGCUACCGGGGAAACUCGGUGGAGCCGCUGGUGGUUAUUUGUCUCUUUUUCCCUGAGUGGGCGCCCUAGUCGACCUCUUCUCUUUAUCCAUUCCACUUUCUGUAAACCCCUGACUCUGUGUCUCGCGCUUUUCAGCCUGAAUUCCAUUCCCGUAAUUCUUCUAUUCUAUGAAACUACAUACAUCAAUUAAUAAAAUAGUAUAGUAAUAGAAUCUAAGAUAGAGUCUUACUUACAAGUGGCCCUUUCGGGGACUCUUGGGUGAGACUGGAAAGCAAUACGGAUUAUACCCUUCCCUUCGUGCCCCUCACCCGAGGUCACCAGUUGUCCAUUCAAUCCGAUCGGGGAAUAAGCCAAGACCCUCCUUCCGAGGGUUAGGUUCAAGGGUUGAUUCGAAGACGCAUCUCCUCUCUUCGGGAAGCUAACAAAUAAAGAAAGCUUUUGGCCUCCUUGCCUCUGUAUGAGCCUUUUCGCUAAUAUGCUCGGUAAGGGUUCCUUGCUUGUGGAGUUCCUUCUUGGAUUGAGGGAGUACGGAACCAAGCCCGGUGUUCUCUCCCAUUAAGUUAAGCAAUUUCUAAAUUCAUUCAAGGCUUGCUUUUAGAGCAAUGAAGCUGAAAGAUGAAUUGAGAAGAUCCAGAGCGAACUAAUGAGUUUGAGUUCAUGAGGUUUAGAAGCUAAAUUGCACGAGCAUUAGAGUAGCUAGGAUUUGAUACGAGUGAGACGAAGACUCGAUGGUUCUUACAGACCAAUCUCGACAAAUAACAUAAAUUGGACAGUAACGAAUACGAAUUCAUUCCAUUCGAAAUUCUUUGUCUCUCGACUUAUAAUUUGAAGGUUUUUAUUCCAUUGUUGAAAAUCGAAGUUGUGUAACGCAUAUAGUUAUCGAUUGAUAAGUGACUUCGUUUCCAAGCUUUUCCGUAAGUAAAUCCAGCUCGUCUUUAUUCUCUUAUUCCAUUCAUGAGUUGCUAACUGACUAUUUAUCAAUAGUGUGAUUUUUCUCAGGUGACUGAUCGAGUUGAAUCAGAAAUUAACAGAUAGGGGAAUGGCCUGCUCUAGAUGCUCUCGAAGCAGUCGUAAGCCUAAGGUAAGGUUUGAAAUCCUUAGGUUUAGCCUAGCCCUUUAUCGAAGAAAAUGGAAAAAAAUCCCGCCGUGAAAGUGGCACGAACCGGGAUAUCCUAUCGGAAAGAGAAAGGCAUUAGCCAAUCCCAGGAACGGAGCGUAGAAGGUAUGAGUUCGACACCCGCUUAGCCCAUAGCUUUAUGGCUUAGAAGAGUCGCUGGCAUUGGCUCUUUGCUUUAGGGACAGUCGAUCAAGGGGAUGACGGAAGAUGGCAGAGAAUGUAGAAGAUAGCCACAGACAAGGGCUUUCGGCAAAGAAGGUGUAGGCGGAAUAAGCUGUGAUUGGAUUGGACCAAAUAAAUGCCUUUUUUUUACACCAUUGCAUUGGUCCAUGCCUCUCUCAUUCUAAAAGUAGCUGUCUCCAUCCCUUCUAUGAGCAGGGCUUUGAACCUCGGAUGCAACUCAUAAACUUUUUUGUUAUUCUGUAAAGGAAAGGGGCUGGGAGUCACUACUAUUACUACUAAGGGACCAAAAAACCUUUCUCGUCUGUCAUGGAGAACCUUCCCGGGCUCUAGCUCUACCAUAGACUUAGAAUAAGCGGGACUAGAGGACAAAGCAUCGAGAAGAAAAGCCUUCAGAGCCAAGACCUACUCCUAAAUCAGCAGAACUACGGAUGAAGCAAGAACUCUCAUCCUACAGACAUCAAAGAAAUCGCUGUCUAAAGCCAAUGAUUAGCGAGCAAGCAAGCCAAGCCGCAAGGAAAGGGUCACCGAAGUAGGGGACCGCAGCUAGCGAAGUGAACCGUUAGAAACCGGGGUAUAAAUAACAACAAGUCAGGCAUGAAAGCCAAGUGAAGUGACCAGAGGGUUAGGGUGCGGCGCCAAUUCUUAAUUGUGGUGUGAGGCAGUCACUUCGUCACGACGAACAAAACCAAUGGCAGUAAAAGCAGAUGUCUGGUCUCGGUUAAGCCCAACGCUACAUGGUUAUGUAGCUCUUAUUGGAUUAAAACCCAUGAUACAAGAAGGUUGUAUAUAGAUCUAGCAAAUCCGUGUCUUAAGCCCACCCAGAAGGCUAGUUGGUAGAGCGAUCAGUUUAUCUGAAUAAAGGUAGGUUCGAAUCCCAUUUCCUCCGGCACGGAAGUGGAACGGGCGGGCGAAAUUACGUGAGAGAGAGAACCUCUUGGUGUGUGUUGGUGGAGUCCCCCGGAGGACAGAAAAGCACUACCUACUUAGUGAGCGGAGAGCCCGUUGCGCGUUGUUUUGACCGGCCUAUCUUCUUUUGAUAAGCAAGCUCCCUCCGGCAGUCCCUGGGCGGCUCUCGGUUCUUGAGCAUGUUGGGAGAGGAGAUUAGGCGGCAGUUGAAAGAGCUGCUCGAAAGCUUGACGAACGAAAAAAGCCCUUUCUUUUCAGUUAUUAGUCAAGGGCUUUUCCCUGACUAGUCAAGUGGUAAGUAAGGUAGGGCGCUAUUCGAUGAAGAAAACAUAAUUUAGGAAAGUGGUUCAGGUAGCUCAGCUGGUUAGAGCAAAGGACUGAAAAUCCUUGUGUCAGUGGUUCGAAUCCACUUCUAAGCGGGCUUUGGGUCCAAAGGACAGGUAGCCGGGAGCGAGCCGGAUUUUUUUUAAUUCAAGUGAAAGAGGAAGCAAAAAAAAAUGUGAGCGCUCCUGCACUAUACGGCUUUUUGGCGUCGCCCUAUCUUGCUGGAGGCAGAUUUUCUAAAAAAAGCGGUUGAUUACUCGGAUUGGUUCUCGCGUCCCUAUGCCCAAAAGGAUGGGCGAGUUCGGUUCGAGUCUUCAUCGAUCGGGUGGAUCUAUAUGCUGAGGGGGGUGAGACGAGGUGUAGCGCAGUCUGGUCAGCGCAUCUGUUUUGGGUACAGAGGGCCAUAGGUUCGAAUCCUGUCACCUUGAUGUGAAGUGCACAGCCCGGCACAGCCUAAAGAGCACCCGUAGUAAACGCUCUUUUAGAAAGAUAAAAAAAUAGACCGCCCUUGAUCUGAUCUGGGCGGGAUCUAAAGCAGCAUUUCUUCCAAAUCGGGGGCAAGCUUGAGAUAGAUUUUAUAAUAUGCUUAACACAACACAUGCAAUUCGAACGAAGUUUUCUCGGAAUGAAAGUCACUCCGUUGGGUUCAAUGCCCGCUAGUCCCAUGCAUCCUUCCUUUCUGUUGGUCAACAACCAACCACAUAUCACUCACUACUCCUACAUGAAGGGACUCUCUUUCUGUCCGGAGGGAAUCAUUCUUUCUCAAUCAAUCAUGCCUCAACUGGAUAAAUUCACUUAUUUCACACAAUUCUUCUGGUCAUGCCUUUUCCUCUUCUUGCUUUCUAUUUUCUUCCACUACUUUUUUCCUUCCUUUAGGUAUACAAGUGCGUCUCUUUUGCUUCUAUCUAACAAGGCCCAAGUUACAGCGGGCUCUUUCUAUUAUGAAAUGGUUCAUCUUUUUCUGUUUAUUGGUUAGUUUAGUAUAUAGGAUUUCUACCUUCUUUGAUUUGAUCUUUCUGUGUGCCCCGUACUUCCCCUUUCGUCCGGUGGAUCCCACUCGGAAGCUUCUAACCUAACAUAGGCCAAGUUCCCUACAGUAAUGAGGCAGGCCCCUCCUCGGUAAGGCAAGGGGUAGAUUCGCUGAGCACUCCCGGCGGUUAGGGGAUAUGUGGCCCAUCACAACCUCAAAAGUUUUAUCACAGGCGGAUGAAGAAAAGCUAUGGUAAAAGUCUGAUGAGUGGCUGCUACGAAACCUAUCCUAUUUUGAAAAUCAAAUCCAAGACCAGAUAUCCCUUUUUUUGAAGAGCAACAGAAAACAUGCGGGCCCUUGCGCCUGAGCGUACGGCCCAUAUUCUUGAGGAUUUCGGGGAAAAAUAUGGACUGGACAAACUGCCCGAAAUCCUCAAUGAUAUGAAGACCCAGAGAUUAGAAAGUCAGUAUUACAUGGAAUCAACCUGAUACGGGAUCUUGGAUGGAAUGCUAAAAUGAUCAAGAAGGAGUGGUAUGGUACAAAUAAAUAAAAAUCGAAAGAUUUAUCGCAAGCCAAUUUUGACGAAUAUUGAAAUGAGGAGGAAGAGGUUGCCCACCCCCUUCCUAAUCCGCUCGCUUACCCGGGGGAGGCUCAAGAACCUCAGGCGGCAGCACCGGAAAAUCAAGAUCCUCUGAUUCCCGCCCUUCACCCUCCUUUACUGGAUGACACCACCCGUAUAGUCGACCUCUCUUCGCGCUUAAGGACUAAUUGGUUGGGUUAUGUGUAUGACGAAACACAUAUGGACUCCUUUGUUCAGACUCAACUUCAAAUUGAAAAACAUAUCGAAGCAGCACUUGUUGAGGACGGGUAUGCUCGUCAAAGUGUGUUUCAAAAAAGAGAUCAGAUACGGGGCUUUCUUUUUUAUCCGGAGGGUCAGGCACUUUCUUUGAAAGCUUACUCUAAUCAUCUAACUCACUCAAAUUGGAACUGUAGGUACCCGAAACAGUAUUCCAUAUCGACAGGUCAGAAGAGCCCUUAACUACUAUCAUCUCUUUUUAGAAAGAAGAUGAUAGUAGAGUAGGGUUUUUUUCUUUUUUUUCGGUAUGCCGCUCCGCCAGCAAGGAGUGCCACGCACGAGCGGAGCGAAAACUAAGCAGGGGUAAUUAUUCGUUGGGAGAAAUCCUUUGAUUGCGUAUUGAAUAUAGAUCCAUGUCUUUCUUGUUCCACUAGCUAGGACAAAAUUCUCAUAUGUCCCUUUCGUUAUUACAACCUUCUUUUUUGAUGUCAAAGACCAGAAGCUAUGCGCUAAUUCUCAUUGGAUCUCGGUUGUUCUUAACAGCGAUGGCUAUUCAUUUCAGUCUUCGGGUAGCACCAUUAGAUCUUCAACAAGGUGGAAAUUCUCGUAUUCUGUAUGUACAUGUUCCUGCGGCUCGGAUGAGUAUUCUUGUUUAUAUCGCUACGGCUAUAAACACUUUCUUAUUCCUAUUAACAAAACAUCCCCUUUCUCUUCGCUCUUCCGGAACCGGUACAGAAAUGGGUGCUUUUUUUACGUUGUUUACCUUAGUUACUGGGGGGUUUCGGGGAAGACCUAUGUGGGGCACCUUUUGGGUGUGGGAUGCUCGUUUAACCUCUGUAUUCAUCUCGUUUCUGAUUUACCUGGGUGCACUGCGUUUUCAAAAGCUUCCUGUCGAACCGGCUCCUAUUUCAAUCCGUGCUGGACCGAUCGAUAUACCAAUAAUCAAGUCUUCAGUCAACUGGUGGAAUACAUUACAUCAACCUGGGAGCAUUAGCCGAUCUGGUACAUCAAUACAUGUUCCUAUGCCCAUUCCAAUCUUGUCUAACUUUGCUAACUUCCCCCUCUCAACCCGUAUCUUGUUUGUUCUGGAAACACGUCUUCCUAUUCUAUCUUUUCCCGAAUCUCCUUUAAGGGAUGAAAUAGAAGCUCGAGAAGGAAUAGCAAAACCUAGUUUACUUCCCAGCUCAAACUGAACGCAAACUUAUGGUUGACGCCGUAGAGAAUAUAAAGCCCAUAUGCGAAGUGGAAAAAGUACCUCUAUAUUUUGUGUAGACUGCUUUUUGAAAGUGAAAUAGAGACUUUCACUAAAGAGUGAGAUUGAGGAGGUAUUCACAUAAGAAAGUGGCAGUAGUGCUUUCCUAUAUAAGAGAAAGGCUGCUCUUACCUGGGUCUGCCUAAGCACCGGCUUUGGAGAGGUCUUUCUUUGUCUCUUUUCUGGACGGCUUACCUAAGCUUGGCACAGAUGUUCGUACAAUCCAAUCUGUCUUUCUCUUCAAAGACAAAAGAUGAAUAGCUUUCCUUUCUUACUGUAUUGCCUUAUCCUUGAUUCGGCAUUACCAGCCUUAGGAAUCGAUCUAGAUGCACCAUUUCCGGUAUUAUCAAAUAAGAAGUAAUUCCUCUUUGCGUAGAUGAAAAAAGGUUGGGCUACUUCCUCAAUCAAUGCCCGAGAGCUGCUCGAAGCAAAAACCUUAUCCUAAAGUAAAGUGGCAGUAGUCUAGGCGGACACCUUUUCUUUUGCCUUACCCGCUACGCCCCCUUUCUAAGUAGCAGCUUAGGGUUUGACAAACCUUAAUUCAAAAGCUGGAAACUCAUAUGCUAGUACACUUGCCCCAUCUCCAUGAAAGUCUUAGCCAGUGCUUCUUUCCGCCUUCCAACUGAAUAGAUUCUCUCUAUCUCUAUUUCACUUUCAGGGGUGAGUAUUAAAACGCCAUAGGAAAAGAAAGGGGUUAGCUCUUAGCUCGCUGGUAGUACUGAUACAAUCAAUAUGUACACACAUAUUAGGAAACUAAAAAGCAGAAAGAUCCUUUCAAAUCAAAAGGGGGUUGGAUACUCACACUCGGGAACUUUUCCCAAUCUCUCUUCAAACUUACCUUUUAAUUAAGGUUAGAACCUUCCUAAAAUUCAGGAGUUUCCAGCUAUGCCGCACUCUCAAAUCCACUCAAAAAAGCAUAGCGAGAGAUAGCAGCUUCUGAUUCCGGAGAUUCUAUCUAGGUUCUAGUUAAACUCCCUGGUUAUAGGGGCUUCUAAUAGUACUGGAAAAGAAAAGGAGUCUUGUAUAUCGUAUCCUAGUACAGGAAAGAAAGAUGUUAUAAAACAGUCAAGAUUAUAUGUUAGUACUCCAGGUACUCUCUUAUUCGAGACGAGAAUAGGCCCAACUCGCCUGCAUCGACAGCAAAGGAAACUGGCAGGGAAAUAGAUGCCCCAUUUUUUCUCCAAGAAGAUCAAUGGCAACUGGCACUUAAACUAGAUAUCCCUAAGCCAGAUACUCAGGGAUGAAAUGACUCUUAUGAUAGUUAGAUGGCGAAGAGUUAGAACGUGGCUAAUCCGCUUUCUCCCAUUUCUCUCUACUCUAUCUAUGAGGGCUAUGAAGGAAUUCGUUCAUAGAAUGCGAUUGCACUACUUUUUGAAAACAACCGUACGGGAUAUACUCGGCCGAGGAGAUUGUACCAAAGGAGACCCGUUUUACCGAUCGUUUGAUUGGGUGUGUCCUUAGUCGCUCCAGAGAAGCCAUACCCUUAGGAAGCUUACCCAACUCAUUUUUUAACUCCCAAGAAAGGAAGACAACCCCAUUAAAUCGUGCAUAAUUGAAGAGGAAAGAUUCUCUAAAAGCCGGCGGUUUUUUUUUCUCCUUAUACAGAUGACUCCCCCAUUUAUCGAAUAGGCAGCUAGACUUUGCCCGCUAGUCUACCCUACUCAUACUGUCACACCGGCUUGGUGAAUCUCCUCGCUUGCUUGCUGUCUAAGCCAGCCCACCGCUUUUUUACUUUACUUGACGCCUUCCCAUCCGAGUGACAUAAGCCUAACCCUGUCAACAGUCCUUCAACUUCAAGUGGGAUAAGAACUCAACAGAUUCAAUAUCAUAUGAGAAAAUAGGCUGUACUACAAUAAGCGCUUCGUUACGCUACGUUUUUCCCUAGGGCUUGAACUGCUGUAGACAAGACCGAGAGUAAGACUAGUCAAGCAUCUAUUCUUAUUCAAAGUGAUUUCACUAUCACUAAUAGGCUAACAGUCUCGAACUUAACUUAUAGAAGGAGCUACUUCCAAGCAGCUACGCGUCUUGGAUGUCUUACCAUCCCUACUCAAACGCUCUAACCCUAUCGUUUUGUAAACUCCGCUCCCUAUCUAACUAAGAGUCUAUUCGAACCCUAGGACUGAUCUUCCCGUUGGUUUUGCUACAUCAGUACUUACAGCCGGGUGGCAUAGCGAAAUUCCUCACCGAGCAGCUCACUCUGAGAUCUUUUGUCGAGUCUUGUGUGUGUGGAUUCUUUUUUUUGGUAUAUAAGAGUUAGUCAAUACUUUUCUCUUUAUAUUAAUAUAACAGACUUUUGAGAUCCGAUUUGAGACUGGGACCUUAAAGAGCAGAAGGUCGUCUGUAAAGUCUCAUCCCGUGCUGCCUGGGUACGAAAGAACUAGGUGUUGAUUCCCCUGACCUGGCUAUCUUUCCAGAAAUGGUUGAAUAUGACUAAAAGGCUAGGGCUUAAAAGCGCCUAAGACUACGACUCUUUCCUUCUAGCAGAAGGUUGGCACAACACAAAAGAAGAUGAUUCUAAGCCCUCGCUUAUCGACAAGCUUAACCACGGAAAGCAUUUGAACCAGACUGAAGCAGGGGCAAGCCGUAUGCGGAUGAAAUCGCUGCAGAGUCGUUCGCAGCAAAAACUAAGACUACCCCAGAGGUAAGGGGGGUCGAGCACGUAGUACCUUGGUCGCCUGGGUUGAUGCAAAAAAUCCCAGGAAAAAGAACAGUGGCAAGAUUUGAAUUGACUUAUCCGAGGGGAUUUCGGGUUGAAUCCAAUUUUACGGGGAAAAUGCAAGAUUAAAAUCCUAGGAUUCCCAGUAAAGUAAG